GUUUAGGUCAUAUGGAAUGGAGUCUCUCUGAAGUUUGAUCAGUGGAAUCUGCUUUACCUUUGGACCAAAGGACUUGACAGUAAUUUGACAAAUGACUGACAGUAUUUGGAGUCCUAUGUUGAGCUAAUUUAUAAGGUGUUGAAGGAUGCUUUAAAGUAAAGCAGAUUUCUUCGACUGGCAGUGGAUUUUGUAGCAACAGUUAUGGCUGGAAAAUCAUCCCUACUUAAAGUAAUCUUGUUGGGAGAUGGUGGUGUGGGGAAAAGUUCUCUCAUGAACAGAUAUGUCACUAACAAAUUUGAUGCACAGCUGUUUCACACAAUAGGAGUGGAAUUUUUAAAUAAAGACUUGGAAGUAGAUGGCCAGUUUGUUACAAUGCAGAUCUGGGAUACAGCAGGUCAAGAGAGGUUUAGGAGUUUACGAACUCCUUUUUAUCGAGGUUCUGACUGUUGUCUUCUUACAUUUAGUGUAGAUGACCAUCAGAGCUUCAAAAAUCUUGGCAACUGGAAGAAAGAAUUUAUUUAUUAUGCAGAUGUCAAGGAACCAGAGAGCUUUCCAUUUGUAAUAUUAGGGAACAAAGUGGAUGUCAGUGAGAGGCAGGUGUCUACAGAAGAUGCCCAGAUUUGGUGCAAGGAAAAUGGCAAUCACCCCUACUUUGAAACAAGUGCAAAAGAUGCUAUCAAUGUUUUUAUAGCCUUUGAAGAAGCUGUGCGGAGAGUUCUUGCAAAUGAAGAUAGAUGUGAUAACCUGAUACAUACAGACACUGUCCGUCUUCACAGAAAGCCAAAGUCUAGUUCUUCUUGCUGUUAACUGGACAUUUUUCAGAAUUGCAUGCAGAAGUAUGGAACACAUGAACACGGGAUCUUUGAAGGAGAAAAAUUGCAAGGAAAGUUGAUCAGUGUAAAGUUGUCUUAAAAAUAAGGUGUUUUUCUCAGUUGUCCUGUUCAAGGCAGCACAUGUUUUUGCAGCCCCAUUUUCUUUUAUUACAGCAAUAUGAAUAAAUUAUUUUAAAUGUUUGCAACUUGGGAAAAUUCAAAGCACUACUAUAAAUCGAGGUUUGUUUGGAAAUAUUAAAUGUAUACAAAAAUUAGUGGAAAUCCUGUAUUGUUAAAUUAAAAACGCUCACAGAAUAUUUUAUAAUGAAACUUUAAAUGCCUUAAUCUGGAUGCAUCUCUGUUCUUUUCCUGCAGUUGUAAACAUUUACAUGGACAGCUGCAUUAAGUUGUGGAUGAUUCAUUUAUGUUAAAAUGUACAGUAUAUUAAUAUUAAUCAAAUAAAAAUACUGUGUACUAUUCCACAUUUAAUUAAAUGUAAGCAGAAAAGAAAUGCUUUAUGCACCAAGAUCUAUUCUGAGCCUAAAUUCUAGUUAUUCAUGUCUUUCUGUUAUUUAUAACUGAAAUUCAUCAAACUUACUUGAAAUUCCUUCAUGCAGAUUAUUUUCUUAGUGCCAUUUUGUUGCCUUUAAAUUACCAUAUUUUAACCUUGGAAAAAUGUGCACCAGUAUUAAUAAGAUUUGCAAAGUAAAAGUGCCAUUUCACUGACAUUGCACAGUUUACAGGAGUCUUUGGACAGUUAGUGUUUAGAAUGUAGUGUGAACUACUUUAUGAAAUGACGGACUGUAUUGACUUCCUCUGUAAUUACUUUAUCUUCUGUUGAGCAUGCUUGCUCCCUAAAUUGUCUCAUAACUGCUGUUUAUAGCCAUUUGUUUGUUAGCUGUGUUUUUCCAUAAUUGGAUCAUAUUGCAGUAAAAAAAAGUUUCUGUAGCUUUUGCUGAUUAGCUAA